AAAACCUUAGCCCUACUGAAAAUAUAACCCGCGGGCCCCACCGAUUCAAAUUUAAAAACGGCUGGCUGGCGCUCGAUGGAGGGAAACCCUCUUGGGCUUCGCCUCUCGGAAGACGCCAUCACAAACUCUCACAAAUUCGAUAACCUCGAAACAACAACAAGCACUCUCGCAGUCGAUCAAGUUCAUCUAUCUUCGCUCCUUCAGCUUUUCUAUUUUCAACCAUGGCCAAGACACCAUCCAAGCAAUCUGCCAAGACCCCCAAGAAGGCCGCCGGUGGCUCCAAGAAGUCCAAGAAGCGUACCGAAACCUAUUCUUCCUACAUCUACAAGGUGUUGAAGCAAGUCCACCCUGAUACUGGUAUCUCCAAGAAGGGCAUGUCCAUCAUGAACUCCUUCAUCAAUGAUAUCUUUGAGCGCAUUGCCACUGAAGCUGGAAAGCUUGCCACCUACAACAAGAAGGCCACCUUGAGUAGCCGUGAAAUUCAGACCGCCGUUCGUUUGAUGCUUCCCGGAGAGUUGGCCAAGCACGCUGUCAGUGAAGGUACCAAGGCUGUUACCAAGUUUUCCAGCGCCUAAACAGUUCCAAAAACAAAACAAACAACAGGAGAUUUUAAUCUCCACCAACAUGAGCAAAGACACCCAUGCGACGAUUUUCCCGUAUUCUCUGACCCUGUCGGUACGUAUGACAAUGACAAACGAAACGGUUCCAGUAGAUGCACAUGCCAAACCCUGUACCACUAGUAGUCCCUAGCAGUUGACUUCAUGACGCACCGCGAGAAACUCUAGUCUAACAAGUAACAACUAGUUUAUGUAUGAC